AUGGCGGCGGUGCGAGCGCAAUCGGCGGCGGAUUCUGUGGGGGUGGAGCGGCUAGAGAUUACGCAGCCCGACGACUGGCACCUGCACGUGCGGGAUGGCGCUGCGCUGCAAUCCGUUGUGCCGUUUAGCGCGGCCGUCUUCCACCGAGCAGUCAUCAUGCCCAACCUGCGCCCACCGGUCACCACCGCACUGGCAGCAGCAGAGUACCGCAAGCGGGUGCUGGCAGCGGUGCCAGAGGGGAGGCGAGGGGAGGAGGGCUUUAAGCCGUUGAUGACGCUGUACCUUACAGAUGACACCACACCGGAAGAGGUGCAGAAAGCGAAGGACGGGGGCCUAGUGGUGGCAUUCAAGCUGUACCCUGCGGGAGCGACGACCAACUCAGCAGCGGGAGUGACGGACCUCUUUGGGCGCUGCUUCCCUGCCAUUCAGCACAUGGCGCAGAUUGGCAUGCCGCUGCUCCUGCAUGGAGAAGUGGUGGAUCCAUCAGUCGACAUGUUCGAUCGCGAGAAGGAGUUCAUCCAUCGAGUGCUCUCGCCCCUGCUAGCCCGCCUGCCCUCCCUGCGAGUGGUUCUCGAGCAUGUCACCACCGCAGAUGCGGUCGAGUUUGUGUUGAAAGCACCUGAGGGGCGGGUGGCUGCUACAGUGACCCCCCAGCACCUGCUGUGGAACCGCAACGCUCUGUUCACAGGGGGCAUCCGCCCGCACCACUUCUGCCUGCCCGUGUUGAAAAGAGAAACCCACCGCCAGGCGAUAGUGGCUGCAGUGACGGGCGGCAGCACUCGUUUCUUUCUCGGCACCGACAGCGCACCUCACGAGCGCACCACUAAGGAGGCACCAUGUGGCUGCGCCGGGAUCUUCUCUGCGCACGCCGCCCUGCCUCUCUACGCCCGGGCAUUCGAGCAGGCAGGCGCACUGGACAAGCUCGAGGCCUUCACGAGCUUCAACGGACCUGAUUUCUACGGCCUGCCUCGCAACUCCCGCCGCAUCACCCUCAUCCGCCAGCCGUGGGCCGUGCCCGACUCGUACCCGUACGGGGAAGGCAAUGGCUCCCUCGUACCCAUGCUGGCAGGCGAGCAGCUAGAGUGGCAGGUGCUGCCUUUGGAUCACUGA